CUCGCGGAGGCUGCAGCCAUUGCACCGCCGAGCAUCCCACAUUCAACAGGAGGAACCCGCGGGAGAGGAUCCCCGAGACCCCAGCGCCGCAGCCGCCACAGCCCGUGCGCCCCGCGCCAUGGCCAAGGAAGGCGUGGAGAAGGCGGAGGAGACGGAGCAAAUGAUCGAGAAGGAGGCAGGCAAGGAGCCGGCGGAGGGCGGCGGCGGCGGCGGCUCUCACCGCCUGGGGGACGCCCAGGAGAUGCGCGCCGUGGUGCUGGCCGGCUUUGGGGGACUCAACAAGCUGCGGGUCACCAGGAAGGCCAUGCCCGAGCCGCAGGACGGCGAGCUCAAGAUCCGCGUCAAAGCCUGUGGUUUAAACUUCAUUGACUUGAUGGUGCGACAAGGGAAUAUUGACAACCCUCCUAAGACUCCCCUGGUGCCAGGAUUUGAGUGUUCCGGGAUUGUUGAAGCCCUGGGGGACAGCGUGAAAGGAUUCGAGAUUGGGGACCGUGUCAUGGCAUUUGUCAACUACAAUGCCUGGGCUGAGGUGGUCUGCACACCAGUGGAAUUUGUCUACAAGAUCCCAGAUGACAUGAGCUUCUCCGAGGCUGCUGCAUUCCCCAUGAACUUCGUCACAGCCUACAUGAUGCUCUUUGAAGUCGCCAACCUCCGAGAAGGGAUGUCUGUGCUUGUACAUUCAGCUGGCGGUGGUGUGGGCCAGGCUGUGGCUCAGCUGUGUUCCACCAUCCCCAAUGUGACUGUCUUUGGGACGGCUUCUACCUUCAAACAUGAAGCAAUCAAAGACUCCGUGACCCACCUCUUUGACCGAAAUGCAGACUAUGUGCAGGAAGUGAAAAGCAGCCUUCUCAAACCACUGGGAACCUACAUUUUAUAUGGUUCAUCCAACAUGGUGACCGGAGAGACCAAGAGCUUCUUUAGCUUUGCAAAAUCAUGGUGGCAGGUCGAGAAAGUGAACCCCAUCAAGCUCUACGAAGAGAACAAAGUCAUCGCUGGGUUUUCCCUUUUAAAUCUGCUCUUCAAGCAGGGCCGUGCUGGCCUCAUUCAACGAGUGGUGGACAAACUCAUUGGGCUUUACACGCAGAAGAAGAUCAAGCCCGUGGUGGACUCCCUGUGGGCCCUGGAGGAGGUGAAGGAGGCCAUGCAGCGGAUUCACGACCGAGGAAACAUCGGCAAGUUAAUUCUGGACGUGGAAAAGACCCCGACUCCACUGAUGGCCAAUGACAGCACGGAGACCAGCGAGGCUGGCGAAGAGGAGGAGGACCAUGAGGGUGACAGCGAGAACAAGGAGAGGAUGCCCUUCAUCCAGUAACCCGGGACCUCGGCAGGAGGACAUGCAGGAUGGUUUGGAGGAAGAGGAGCUGGCUGAGAAAGCUCUCCUGUGCCCCAGUGAACAAAUGUUGUAGUCCAGUGAGUGUUGUGUUUGUCUGCAGUCAGCUGAGCUAAAAAGCUGUUGAUUACCGUUGUUUCUGAAAUUAAGUGCCAAUCCCAUUCCAUGCAGUAUUAUGUCCCUCCCCGAUCUGUGUGUGACACUACCCGCUCCCCUGUUUCAAAACUGUCCAUCUUUGGGUCCUUCUCGACAGUUCCAGAACAGCCUUGCAAAUUAAUAUGAGCCCACAGGUCCAGUGCUUAAGAGACCAGACCUGGGCAGAGACAAGUUUGGAAGGAGAGGUGUUAUCACAGAGCACUGUCCAGAUCCUCGAGUUCUUCAGGCCAAUGACACUUUCUGCCACCAGCCACCCGUGCUUUGGACAAGAGCACUUGCCAAUUUGGCUGGCAGGAAGAGGGUAGGCCAGGAAAUGUUUCCACGAGCCCUUAAGUUUAGGAUCUCUCCAAGCAGUAUUUCCUUUCUUUCCACUUAAGAGGCAACCUCCCUACACUCCUUCAGUUGCUUCAUGGUCAAAAGGUUGAACCAUCCUCCUCUCAACCUCUGAUUCUGAAUCCCUUCACUGGUUCUUAGCCAAAAACAUUGGGAAAGAGAUGUGGAUUUUUCAAGGAUAGAAGAUGGGUCAACAACCCACAUGUGAGGACCAGCCCCAGAGAUUCCUCCUCUGAAACCAUGUCUCAUGAGCAAAAUCCCCCUUCUGCCAUAUAUAGUCUAUUUUCAUUUUAAGAAAACUCACGCGGUGUGGGACUAUUUCAGAAGUCAUUACUCAGACACGCCUAUGUUUGCUUGCUUGCCAUUGGCAUGACCAAUUUUGUUCUUUUCAUUUCUUGGUACUGAAUAGUCACCUUUACCUUGACUCCCCCUUUGUAGACCAUAUCUGGGGGCAAAAUAUCAAUGAGUAUCUUUUUUUCUUGCCAAAGCAGGUUCCAACAUGUAACAAACUCUCAUGAUACAGAAGGUUGAUGUUUAGUGUCUGAUGCCCAAUGUGCAGUUCCUCUCCUCUGAAAUAUAAAAUUAUGGUGCAGACUCUUUGCAAGGCCCUGCUUUUUGGAAAUCAGGGACCAGAUUACUUGAUUGUACACCCCUGAUUAAUUUUCCAGCUCCUCAACCCUUAUAAGAAUCCCACCCCCAACUCCCACCCUACUUGACGUGGCUUGAGGUGAACAGUUCCUCUGGAGGAAGAGAAAGAGGCUCAGUGUCUCCAUGGAGGUUUCCCCUAGUCCUACUGGCCCAGAGGGUGGACUCCAUCACUCCUAAGGCAAGCUGGAGACACAAGGAGCACGCAUGGUUAGAACCCUAACUCACUUGCGUUCUAGAAGACAUCGGAGGGUUCCUACAGUUCCUGCAUUGCCCGAUCUCUCCACCAAUGAGCCUCAGGGUACACCUCACUCUUCCCCCUAAGUGAUGGCAAGGAAUGCAUUUCAGCAGUGACCUCUUUUAGUCCCUAAGUCUGUUUAUAACAAUGUCACCUCAUUAAUCAUGGUCUUUUUUUUCCUAUCCUAAGCUUGUGAUGAUGACUUAUUUAUGCCAAAUAUUUAUCUGAAGGAAGUGUCCUCAUUGUGAAUGUACCUGUAAGCUGUGAAGGUAAGGAAGCCACCUGAUGAGCAA